CGCCACCUCUCGCAGUCUGCAUCACUCGUCUUUUCAUCUUGACUACCUAUUCAACUUUGUGCUUUCAAUUACCAUUUCACUGGUUCUUUGCAAUAUUAUUUCCUUCUUGGCACGUCAUUUCUCCGACCUCCACGACCUUGACGCGCUCCCUCAUGCAUCUAUCAUCUUUCUUUCGCAGCUCUGCUGCAGUUUUUUCCACUUCUGUGCUCUUGCGGGUAGUGUUCCUGCUAUAUGGGUUAUUUCAAGAUGCCUACUCCCCCAUGAAAUAUACAGAUAUUGACUACUUCGUCUUCACGGAUGCUGCUCGCUUCAUUUCCCAAGGCCGAUCACCAUACACUAGAGAUACCUACAGAUACACGCCCCUUUUAGCUUGGCUCAUUUAUCCAACGACAUGGCCUGGUUUUUGGUUUUCGUUUGGCAAGGUCCUCUUUGCCAUUGGAGAUAUUGUUGCUGGCUGGAUGAUGUUCCAUAUCCUCCGCUCGCACCAGAACAUGCCCCUGGAUAGAGCCCUCAAAUUCGCUAGUAUCUGGCUUUUGAAUCCCAUGGUGGCCACAAUCAGCACACGAGGAAGUUCUGAAGGCCUUUUGGGGGUCAUUGUCAUCGCUUUGCUUUGGGCUGUCCUUGCAAAACGAGUUCGAUUGGCUGGAUUGCUCCUUGGGCUUGCCGUUCAUUUCAAGAUAUACCCGUUUAUUUAUGCUGCAUCUAUCAUCUGGUGGCUUGAUGAGGAUCGCAUCGACCAAGCCAAGGAAAGGAAAUCAAAACCAAAAAGCUCACUUCUCUCUCGCAUCAUUAGCUUCGUCAAUAGCGAGCGACUUACCUUGACCAUUUUCAGUCUUUUUACUUUCAUGGGCUUGAAUAUAGUCAUGUAUCUUGCCUACGGAUAUCCUUUUCUUGAGCACAGCUACUUCUAUCACCUCAUCCGUAUCGAUCACCGUCACAACUUCUCGCCCUACAACACCUUACUUUAUCUGAAUUCGGCCCCGCAGGGGCAAUCUCAUCCUUCAUUCGAAUUGGAACGUCUAGCAUUUCUUCCUCAACUUCUUCUCAGCGCUCUCAUGAUACCAUUGGCCCUAGCAAAGAAAGAUCUGCCAUCUACCAUGCUUGCCCAAACAUUUGCAUUUGUAACCUUCAACAAAGUGUGCACAAGCCAGUACUUCUUAUGGUACAUGAUGUUCCUCCCAUUUUAUCUCCCCGUCUCCACCCUACUCAGCUCUCGCAAAACGGGUAUCGUGGCAUUAGUUUUAUGGGUACUCGGUCAAGCUCUGUGGCUUCAACAAGGGUAUCAGUUGGAAUUUCUUGGCAACUCGACGUUUGUUCCUGGAUUAUGGACUGCAGGCAUCUUGUUCUUCGUCGUGAAUGUCGGCAUCCUCGGUCUCAUUAUUCGCGACGUCAGGGCUAAGGAAACCGAUCCACUAAGAUUGAAAGCAGCAAAGAAAACGUCAUGAUUAUACCUGCCAUACUUAUCUCUUGUCCGGG